CGCAAUGGUUGUACAUAGUAUCAAACUAGAAUGUAACAGUUGUGUUCAGUGCAUUUUAGUUUCUAACAGUUCUUCAACGGAUAAUAUAAUUCAAUAUAACUCAGUUACUUAGACUCAACUUUGUAAGGUUUUAACACAUUAAAUAACACCAAGUCAUAUAAUUUGUUUUCUCUUUGUGUAAAAAACAACCUAGUCAAAUCAACCAUUCAAAUCAGAUUCACAAUCGCAUCAUAUGGAAUGUGUCAAUCUAACUCCUUUUGGUGAAUUCCUAGUAUGGACUGCGGAAGCUGUUAUUUGGUUACGUCGUAAUUAUCGAAUUAUUGGUCGUGCUUCAUUACCAUUGGAUUUAUUCAAAGGAUGUUAUCAUAAUAAAUCAAAAAAACCAGAUCGAUUACCUGUACGAUUAAGUUUUGAAGAAGUUGCUUUACUAUUAUCUAAAGGUUUUAUUCAUGGUAUUUUAUGUAGUAGACCAGUAAUUUCUGUUGCUGAACCAUCAAAAGAAACAAUUGAAGCAUAUCAUGAUGCAUUAAUGAAGAAUGCAGAAGAAAUGGUCAAUAUAUUUAAAACUCAAAAACGAUUAAAAUCAGUUGGUUACUAUGGUCAGCUAUUGAAUGGUUUAAAGUUACGUCAACAACGCCAAGCCAGAUCCAAGUUAUUCAAUCACAAUGAUUCAUCAUCAGUCAAUACAGUCGACGAUAAUGGGUGUUCAAAAAGCUAUGACACAAAUAAUUUAAAUUCACCUUUACAGAUAUCAACUAGAAAACGACGGCGCCAACGACGUUUACUUCAGAAACAAUUGAAAAAACAAAUAUUUACGAAUGACUCUAGUAGUGUUGGUAAUGACGAUGAUAAUUGCAAUAUUUAUGACAGCAGUGAUCAAGACGUUUUUGAGCUCUCUGAUUCACCUAUCACUUUGGAUGACCUAAUUUCUGAACAUUCUAAUACACGUCAAGGAACAUCGAGAUUGUCUGUAAUAUCAAGUGAAAACAUUAAGGAAUCUUUACCGUACAUUCCUCAACAUUUACCACGUCCUACACCCAUUGAAUGGAGACGUCCUGACGAAUAUGUGUUUGUUAGUUUGCCAGAAAGUGUAUUUUCUGAGGGACUUUAUUCAAUUGUCACUUGGCUAAUCCAAUUGAUACAAGAGAAAUGUAAAGCAACAAGUUUUUCUAAUCAGCAUACUGAUGAUCAAAAUAAUAUUAGUAGUACACAAGAUAUGUAUAUUCAACGUUUACAAUCUUGUUUGAUUUAUAUGGAUUUAUGGAAUAAAGGUUAUUAUAUUAGUACAUCCACUGUAAAAAUGGGUGGUGAUCUCCUGGUUUAUCAAGCACGGACUUUGACAAUAAUUUCUAAACGGAGAAAAAUAUGACAAUGGUGAAUAAGUCGAACGGCCGCUUGAAUUUGGGACAAUAUCAUAGAUGAUUUGUCUGAUAAAUGCACACCAAUAAUUUUCAUACUAAUUCAUGGUAGGAUAGUUUUCAAAGUUUCUCUAUUUUCAUUUAUUUGCCCACUUAUAACAGUAAUAACUCACCACUGAUAUCAGAGCAUAACACACUUUAUCACUACAUGACCAAAUUUAUUAAAAACUAUGGAUUAUGUUCCCGUACUCUAAAGAAAACAAUUGUCCAACACCAUUUAGUUUCGAACAGUUUUGUAACCUUUAUUUACUGUAUCAACAUAGUCAAAUUAUCAUAAAUAUUCACUACCUUUCUAAGUUUAAUCCUCAGGUAAUAAAAAGCUCAUUUACACGUAAAUUGAUUGGUACAUUAUGAAUUAAUGUGAAUAUUAUAUACUUAUAUCACAAGUAUGCUCAUCUAAAUGCAUCUUCAGUAUAAAUUAAACUGUUCAAUUUAAUAAUGAUAUUAUGGUCUUUAUUAAAUAAAAAAAAUUGGAGAGUUUUUCGAGCUAUAUAUGUUUUCACUAUUAUACUCAAAAAGUAUGUUCUACUUUACAGUUUUCCUUUUUUUCUUUCACAUUUUGUUUCUUAGGUGAUCCACUUUUGUAUCAUGGUAGUCAUAUUAUUACAAUUUGUAAUCCAACAGAUCCAUUUUGCAAUUCACAAUUAUUAGCUAAACUACGUAUUGCGAAUGGUUUGAAAAAAAUACUUGUUCUAGCUACAGUUAGUAAUAUUGAAAUGUUUACUAGAAAAUUUACAUUUCAAAGAAUAAAACAUUGUGAAAUUAAGAAUGAUAAUGACAAUGAUGAUAAUGAUGGUAGUGUUGUAGAUCCCCGAGUUAUUGUUAGUGAACACUCGAAAUUAUCUGUACAAUCAGAAGAAAUUACGUCCAAUGAAAGUACCCAUAGUAAUUGUAAUAGUAGCACUAAUAAAAUACAGCCUAAUGUAAUUUACUUAUCCCUUCAGUAUAUGUCUUCACACUCUAGUAAUCCAACAUUUUCAAAAUCAUUAUGAUGUAUAAUAAAAAUUGUUUUUUCCCUUUCUAUUGUUCAGUAUAUUUUUGUAAAUGAGAAUGAUUAAAGGAAGACAAAUACAUAUUUUCGUAAAAUUUUCUGUUCUUUUAAUUUGUUUUUUUUUGUGUCAUGCUUGGAUGAUAUUUCAAUUUGUGCUUCAUGUAUUUAGAAUAUCUAGUUGAAUACUCUCAAAAACGUACAUUCAGAAAAUUAUAUCUAUCUGUAAUUGCAUUGUGAUUGUAGUUCGAUGUUACUUAUUUACCAAGUUCUUGUUGAUGUAUUUGGCUUUUAAGGAUACAUUUUGUGGAGGCUAGUG